UGGUAUAGGAAUUAGGUGAAGCUGAUGGAUGCAGGAUGCUGGAUGCGCGUUGGUCGGCAUCCACCGGAGGCCUUGUACGAUAGGUAGAGAGGUCUCUUGCGUCGUCAGUGACUGGUUUGGAUUUGGUGUGGGGGGCAUGGAAUCGAUUCAGAGAUAUUCCUCGGUAAGUUCCAAGGAAUUAUUCCGUAUAUAUGUUAGGAUGGGGUAGAUGUAGAUCUUGACUUGGCGGGAAGGCGAGUCGACGGAUUGACUCGGUGUACAUGUGUGCCGUACUGCCGUUCCGGCCCUAGAACAUCGGCACUUGAAUAAAGAAUUCUGCAAGUGUUAGGCGGCGGCAGCAGCAGCAGCAGUAGGUAAGUGAACACUCAAUGGCCAUUGCCUCAGCAGCUGUAGCGCUCGUCUUAGCGAUGGCGGCGGCGGUGGCCGCGGCGGAGGCUCCACCAGCGCCGAUGAUAGGGCUGGCCGGCUGCGCCACCGCCUGCGGGAACGUGAGCGUGCCGUACCCCUUCGGCAUCGGGCCACCUCGCUGCUACUGGCCGGGGCUCAACCUCACCUGCGACGCCAGCGGCCCGGAGCCGCCGCGGCUGCUCCUCGGCGACGGCACGCUCCGCGUCGCCGAGAUCUCCCUCCGCAACGGCACCGUGCGCGUGGUGCGCAGCGGCUCCGUCGUCGGCAGCGGCAGCGCCCUCGCCUCCGACCGGAACGUCUCCUUCGGCAGCGGCGUCGUCGGCCACGGCUACAUGCUGUCCAACGGCAACGAGCUCGUGCUCUCCGGCUGCAACCUGGUGGCGACGCUGGUCGAGGACGAGGUCGCCCUCGGCCCCGGGAGGUCCGGCGUCAUCAGCGGCUGCGCCUCCUUCUGCUCCUUCCGCAACAAGAAGGUGGACAGCGUCGGGCAGGCCGCCGGCAAGUACUGCUCCGGCAUGGCGUGCUGCCAGGCGCCCAUCAACUACCACAGCUCCCCCACGGGGGUCCACCUCCGGUGGCUCGACGCCGGGAACCACACCGAGGCGCUGACGUUCCUGCCGACCUACGUGUUCGUGGCGGAGGAGGGGUGGUUCGACCGGAGGCCGCUGGCCGACGAGCUGCUGAGCGUGAAGCGGAGCCCGUCGAGGGCGGCGCUCGAGGUCCCCCUCGUGCUCCUGUGGGCGGUCAAGCCGGGGAAGGGCCUGCCACCGGUGCCGAUGUUGCCGGCCAACGCGACCGCCGCGUGCCCCGGCGACGCGAGCCGCGUGCUCUGCAAGAGCGAGCACAGCGUGUGCGCCGUCGGAAACCUGGGAUAUACGUGCCAGUGCCAGGACGGCUACGACGGCAACCCUUACCUCCCCAAUGGGUGCCAAGAUAUCAAUGAGUGUGAGCAGCCACAAGACCAUGGAUGCUUCGGCCAAUGUAUCAACACUAUUGGAGGGUAUAAAUGCCAGUGUCCACGAGGAACCCAUGGCAACUAUACUAUCAGAGAUGGCUGCAUCAAGUCUUCAUCUACAGGAAUAAGCAUCGGUAUAGGAGUUGGAAGUGCAGCAGGAUUUAUGAUUCUGGUUUUCGCUGUAAUCUUUGUGGCCCAAAGGUUUAAACAUAAGAGGCAGAUAAUGUUGAAACAGAAGUUUUUCAAGCAAAAUCGUGGACAACUAUUACAACAAUUGGUAUCCCCAAGGGCAGAUAUUGCAGAAAGGAUGAUCAUACCAAUAGAUGAGCUUGCAAAGGCAACAAACAACUUUGACAAAGCUCGUGAACUUGGAGGUGGUGGGCAUGGUACUGUGUACAAAGGAAUUUUAUCAGACCUACACGUUGUAGCCAUCAAGAAGUCCAAGAUAACAGUCCAGAAAGAAAUCGAUGAGUUCAUAAAUGAAGUAGCCAUUCUCUCACAAAUCAAUCAUAGAAAUGUAGUGAACCUUCUUGGAUGUUGCCUAGAGACAGAAGUUCCACUGUUGGUUUAUGAGUUUAUUUCUAAUGGAACCCUUUACGAUCAUCUCCAUGUUGAAGGUCCCAUGUCACUACCAUUGAUAACUAGGAUAAGGGUUGCAACAGAAAUUGCUAGUGCUCUUGCCUAUCUUCACUCGUCAGUUUCAAUUCCAAUAAUACACAGAGAUAUCAAGUCUAGUAACAUACUUCUUGAUGAUACUAUGACAUCCAAGGUGUCGGACUUUGGAGCUUCAAGGUACAUACCAAUGGAUAAAACAGGAUUAACAACAAUGGUUCAAGGAACAAUAGGCUACUUGGAUCCUAUGUACUUUUACACAGGUCGCCUCACUGAGAAAAGUGAUGUGUAUAGCUUUGGUGUCAUUCUUGUAGAAUUGUUAACCAGGAAGAAACCUUUUUCAUAUUUCUUCGCCGAUGGAGAUGGCCUUGUUUCCCAUUUUGUCAAGUUGCUUGCUGAGCAGAAUCUGGUACAAGUACUAGAUCCACAAGUCAUAGAGGAGGGAGGCAAAGAAGUCCAGGAAAUCUGCUUACUUGCAGCAUCAUGUGUAAAAUUAAAUGCAGAGGACCGGCCUACAAUGCGAGAGGUGGAACAUGCACUUGAAGGCAUUCUCGUAUUCAAGAAGUACGUGAAAAACAAUGUGGUGGUAGAGAAAAUAGAAGAGAAUGGACAUGCAGUUAAGGCCCAUGAUGUGGAGGAAGGAACACCAUCGAACCUCCUUAGGGCUAGCACACUGUUCAAGUCGAUGAGUUUUUCAUCGAAAAAAGAAGGGCAAAGCACGCAGGAAUGGAGCAGAAGAUAUAGCAUGGAAGAAGAAAUCUUGAUGUCUGCAAGGUACCCUCGGUAGAAUGGCAGCUUUGUGUUAAAGUUAGAUCAGGUAAGUUGUAUAUAUGUGUGCUUAUUUUGACUAGAACUUCAGUUACACUCAGCUUCCUUCUGUUAUGAGCUACAGAAAUAAAACUCCAAAUAGGUCGACCACAAACUUUUCCAGUUUGCUCCCGUAACUAACUAUAUCAGUCAUUGAAACACAUAACUGUAAGUGCAUAUAUUUAUUUAGAUACACUUUUAUUUGUACUGUGUAAUCUUAAAAAAUAAGAAUGUUGUAAUGAGAAGCCUAUGCUAUGAGGCUAUCACACCAAAGCCUAUGCUAUGAAGUUUUCACUUAUCAAUAA